GCCCCGUCCCACUUCCGGCAGCUCUCAGCCUCGGCGCAGCCAUGGAGGCGCUGCGGGCGGCGGGUCGCGCUGUGCUGCGGAGUCCGCGUCUCGCCCGGCACGGCCUGGGGCUCUGCCGGCGGCGCAAGCUUCCCGAGAGCUGGGCUGACAUGCAGGAACCACUGCUGGAGGGGAUGUGCUUCACUCUGAAGUACCUAGGCAUGACACUGGUAGAAAAACCCAAAGGGGAAGACAUGGCAGCUGCUGCCAUCCGCCGGAUCGUUGCCACAGCACGGGUGGGAGCUCGCAAGUUCCAGAAGGUGAUUCUGACAGUGUCUCCAAGGGGCAUCUCACUGCAGGACGCCGACACAAAGGAGGUGGUUGAGAACAUCUCCAUCUACAGGAUCUCCUACUGCACAACAGACAAGCUGCAGAACAAAGUCUUUGCUUAUGUUGCUCAGAGCCAGGAGAGCGGGGCGCUGGAGUGCCAUGCCUUCCUGUCACCCAAGAAGAAGAUUGCCCAGGCUGUGACUCUGACGGUGGCUCAGGCCUUCCAAAUGGCACUGGAUCUCUGGGAAGCAGCAAAUGCAGGCUCUAGGCAGGAACAGCCCCUUCACCCUCCAUGUGUCUUGGAGCGCAGUGAGCCCAGCAGAGCAAGUGAGCCAGCUCCCCCGGGGAGCCCUCCCUUCAGACACCAGUUUGGGGUACAGUAUGUGCAAGUCUGGCCCAUGCCCAGGUCUGUCACCCAUUAGGGCAGGAGAAGAGUAACCCUUACGCAGCUCCCUCCUCUUGGACUCUCAGGCUCCUGUUGGUGUCUGCACAGCUCCCCUUGUACGUGCGAGCCUGAUGUGACAAGGAGCACUCUGUGCUAUGUCUGGCUCACAAGGCAGAAGCCUCAGGUGGUCUUUGCUCCAGGAGCUCUCCUGUCAGGCCCAGUGUUGCAGCAGCCAGCCCUGUUGCACAGGGAGCUGGGACGUGCUCUGCAUACUUGGUGCCAUGGUUUGGGAUGAGACAGCCUCUCUCAAGGAGAGGAACCUUUGUCUGGUCGUCAUCUUGCCAGCCUGGGAUAAGGCUCAGCCCUGCCCAUCUGCACAGCACCCACUGAAUGUCCAGAGCCAGUCUCAGCAUUUCUAGUGUUGCAAGUCUCUGUUGUCAUUGUGUCCCUGCCCAGGAGCCUCUGAAUGCUUGCUUCUUGACUUCGUGCUUCCAGCAUUGACCCAGUCUGGCAGUGGUUGGGGCCAUCAUUGCUUGCAGCGUGCUCCAGGUGGUUCUCUGCCUGGUCCUCCAGCUGGGACAUGCUCACCCUGCUCCAGUCUCUAGGCAAAGGUGUGCUGUGUGCAGCAGCCAUCUCAGCUUGGUGGCUCAUCCCCAGUUCACGCCCUGUGUUUGGUGCUCUGCUGGCUUGGGGAAUGUGAGGAGAACCUUGGUCUGUCUCUUCCCUUGUGUGGCUGUGUCUGAGCUCCAAGGAUUUCAUCAGCCCAGUACUGCAGGUGCCAUUUUUCCCCUUCCUGCUUGUAGACGAGUCUUGUCCUUGUCAUACCUGGUGGGUGACUGUCUUGUGAAGGUGCUGGGGACAGCCCUGCUGCCCCAGAGGAGGCUCUGGGCAUCCCAGUCUGGAUCCUGGUAGAGACCUACUUUUCUGUUUGUUUGCUUGCUUGCUUGCAAGGAGGAGGAAGAGGAGGAGGAAGAUGAAAACCUCGAUGAAACUUUAUCUGGGUAAGUGGUGAGCUGGUGCCUGUGUGUAAGGAGCACUCUCGUGAGCCCUGUCUUGUUUCCUUCUCCAUGUCCCAAGCAAGGGGUACUGCUGAAGCCAUGAGUUUUGUGGGAGCUCAGAUGAAAUCUGUGGGGGAACUUCUGCUGUUUUCUCUGUCAGCUGAGGUUGGAUGUACAGGGAGCUAAGGUGUGGAGAGACAGAUUUUGCAGAUCAACUCCUACAGUGGGGGGUUGAUACUUUAUCCUCAGGACAGUACAAGAGACAUCUCUGGGUAUAUUUCUGCCACUCUUUGCUGAGGACAACCCAUCCAGAUGUGCUUCUCAUGUUGAACCCAGAGCUGGCCCUCUCCUUCCCCAGAUUUCUGUGGGCAUAGGUCAGGUUGGAUGCCCAAUCAGCUGACAGGAGCUGGGACUGAGCUUGGGAGGAGGUCAGAAGUGGAGGAUUAACUUCUUUGCAGAAGUGCGUGUGGUGAUGGGUUUGCUGAGCCUGUUCCAUUAUGGCUGUUUUCAUGCACCUGUUAAGGCACUCAAGCCAGUGCCUGAUGGGUCCAGCAACGUUAGCAGGCUGAGACUGCUCUAAGUAGGUGUCAUCUGGGGAUCAGCAUGUGCUAAGUGUGAAGGUGUGUAUGCAUCCUUUUGAUGUGGCCACUUGUUCUGGGGGAUUCUUGAUGGGAGGAGAUGUGGCUUUGCAGCAUCAGGGCAGGAUGGCCUGGGGAAGGGGUUUGGUAGUGAGUAGGUUAGGGCCUUCUGCAGUCUGAGUGCCUAGUACUGCUGGGUCUGCAUUGCCAGGGUCAUGAGCAUGGGUCUCUCAGCAGGUGCUUGCUUGGAGAUGAUGGGUGCUCUGUUCUCUUCCAAAGCUGCAUGGAGGAGCUGGGGAGGGGAGCCCAUGGACCGACAGAGUUGGCACCUGCUGUGCCCAGAACGAGCUCAUCUACUACACAGCUGCCACUGAGCUGGCCCUGCCUGGAGCAGCCCCCAGGCAGCCGGAA